UCCCUCCUCCCCCCCACCCCCCCCCAGCGGUCACUGUUUGGCGGGCGGUACGGUGGCCGCGCGGGUUUGCUAGGCAACCUACCGCGGCUGCUGGGUGCGGGCGAGACGGCGGCUGAGCCAGGCCCGGCCCGGCCCGGGUACGUCCCGGUGCCCCGAGGCUGUAGGAGCGAGGACGCCGCCCCGUGGGGCCCCGGAGCUGAGCCCUGCCGACAAGGCCGGGCUCGCGGUACCCUGUUGGUGUUGCCUCUCCUCUCCCCCCGCAGGGGAGAGGGACGCCUGGGGCGGGAGGGCAGGACCCGGCGCCGCGGCCCGGGGGAGCCCGGUGGUGGUGGCUGAGGUGGGUCGGCCCCUCUCGGCCGCCUUGUGCGAGCCCUGUGGUGGUUUAGCCGGAGCGUGUCUAGUGGUUUGUGGAUGAGUAAGGAGUGAAAACAGGAAGCAGUUGUCACAACUCGCCCAUCAAAAUCAAUUUACUAGUGUUUAAACCAGUUGUUCAGAAAGUAAAAUCCAGUUACAGAUCAUGGCCCAUCAACUUUCAAAAGAAGAAUUAGAUGAGCAGUUUGAACAGUUUCUGAAAGAGUCUCUUUCAGAUGAUUCACUUGGAAGUUCAAAGAAAAAAUCCAGCAUUCUUGAAACAUUGGGAGAGCCCAGGAAAAAAGAAUCAAAGAAAAAAGAUUCGGUGCCGUGGUGGAUAUCUGAGGAAGAUUCUGAUGAUGGUGGAAUGUUUGGAAGCAAUGGAAGCUUUGUCAAGCUACGGAAGACUUCACAGCCUGUGGGGGAAGCUGAUAAGAAUACGCAUGCAGAAAAGAUGCUGUUUCAGAAAAGUAAUGGGGUUUCUGUCUCUUUAAGCCGAGACAGCCUGGAGACAAACGAUUCAAUUGUAGCUUCUGGGCCUAAUCAAAGUAUAAUGGGAGUCGGACUGGAUACCUUGGAAGAACAAGAAGAAAAAGAAAUGUUCUUUGCCAAACUUGAACGAGAAGCAUCAUCUACUAUUGAUUAUUCAAGAUUAAAUAAAGAGCUGGAUUCCAAUGAUUCUGUAAUAAUAGCUCCAUUUAUACGAAAUGAAAAAAAUGAAAAAGGAGAAGAGGAAUCUGCAAAUGAAGAGAAAUCUGGCAACUACAGUGAAGAUUUUGAAGAGGAUACAGAUGUUAAUCCUGCCUUUAAAACUGAAGAAAAUCAGGAAGCAAACACUGGCAUGCUGGCUAAAGUUGUAUUACUUGAUUCACAAGAUUCAACUACAGAAAUUCAAAAGGCCACUGAAACAUCAGAUGAAGCUCUAGGUGAACAUUAUCUGCCUCAGGAAGUUACUGGAAUUGAAAUGAAUGAAACGGGCACUUCCUAUGGACAAACUACGAGUGACAUUGAAGCAUUACACCAGGCAUAUCAUCAUAUUGAUCAGUCUUUGGGAGACACCGAUGAGCAAAAAGUGCAUGCUUCUGCAGUGGCAGUCUCAGAAUGCUUAGUGCAAAGUGUUUCACAAAAUAAUGACAUGUAUUCAAAAAAUAUGUCAACUACUGAAUCAGAUUUACCUACUGUAGAAGAAUUGAUGAAACCUAUUAAAGGAGAUUCAUGUAAUGCCAGAGGUUUUGAUUUGGAGCCUGAAAGUCCUGUGAAACUGCCAGGCAGCACAGCAAAUGAACUUGUCAACCACUUGCCAUUUAAAGAGUAUCAGCAUAACACAGUUUGGGAGACAAACUUACUUGAAAAAUUUAAGAGAGAAGAGAGCAUCUUUUCUUGGGCGGCUGUGAAUGAAGAUAGCCUUCAGGGGACGACUGAGAAAGAAGUUGAGACCAAUGAAAUACAGCCUGGUUCACUGAGAGAAAAGCUAGUACAAGACUCUCUGCUUUCACAACAGGGCAGCAAAAAUAAUCAGGCGCUUCAGUCUCUUUCCUUCAAGGAUGAAAGACUAGAAUCAAUGACAACUAAAGAAACAUUGUACAAGAGUAUCAGAAGUACAACACCUUUACAUAAAAAGAAAUGUCCACGCAGUCCUCAUGGAUUGGUUAGGAGUUCUGGAUAUGGGAAGCCCACUUCACUUUCCAAACAGCCUUUUCCGUCUAGUGAAAAGAAAACACUGAAAGAAACUUUCAAAAAGACCAGUGUGAAAGCCAAAAGUCCAUCAGAUAAAGCAAGACCUAAAGAAGGCUUAUUUGCUGCUAGGAUUAUGAGAUCUGCAACAAAGGAACCAACUUCGAAGGAGGCUAUUAACAAAGUUAAGUCUGGCAAAUCAGGUGUUAGUAAUCAUGUGCAGCAGACUGUGGACUCUGGCAGACAGUAUCAGUAUGACUUAUCAUUUUCUCCUGUCAAAAGCUGUGAGAGAGAACUGUAUUUGCUAAGACGAGCACAAGCUGCAGAGGAAGAGCUGAAUACAGCUAAUGAUUUGAUUCAACAGCUAACCAGCACAGUUUCACAAAAGGAGCAAGAAAUGGAGACAAAGAUAAUAGAACUAAAAACACAGCAUGAAAAAGAGUGCUCUCAGCUGGGUCAAGAAAAUUAUGUUCUUCAGAGUAAGGUGCUCUAUCACAGAUUAAGAAGCAUGGAAGAGCUGACUAAAGGAAAGAGAUGGAUCCAUGAUACAGCAACAGUUCCUAUCACUGAAGAAAAAUUGACACAAAUAAAAAAAGAAAUUGAAGAUCAAGAGGUCAUUAUUCAAGGUUAUCAACAGGAAAAUGAGAAGUUAUACAAACAAAUGAAAGAGCUACAAAUUCAAAACAAGAAAAAUGAGGAACAAAUGUUUAAGGAGAAUCAAUGUUUAAUGUCUGAAUUAAUAGCCUUAAGAGAAAAGGUGAAUACGACUAAUAUCCAGUCAUGGGUAGUGCAGGGUCCUGAACCAGCCAGAAAUCAGAGUUUCACAGAACUGAUUUCAGAGCUUCGAACAGCACAGAAGGAAGAAACUAAACUACACGAAGAGAUAAAACGGCUUAAACAAGACAAACAAGCUCUCGAGGUAGACUUGGGACAAGCAAAGAAAGAGAGAGAUCUAGCCAAAGUCCAGAUUGCUUCCAAAGCAGGUGAGAAGUCAUAUGAAUUUAAAAUUAUGGAAGACUCAUACAAACAGGAAAUUGCUCAUUUAAAAAGAAGACUUCAGUGGUACGCAGAGAAUCAGGAUCUUUUGGAUAAAGAUGCAGCCCGUCUUAAAGAUGCGAGAGAAGAAAUUGAGAAACUAAAACUAGAGGUCGAGAAGCUCAGAACUGAAGCCGGAAAUCAGUGUGUGCAACAGAAGAAAAGUUUGGGGGACAGAGCAGCAGAUGCUAAAAGAAUUCAGGAUCUUGAGCGACAAAUCAAAGAAAUGGAAGGGAUUCUAAAAAGAAGGUAUCCAAAUUCUUUGCCUGCUUUGAUUUAUGCUGCUGCUGCUGCUGAGAAAAGUAAUGAUCUUUCAGCUAAAACAAACACAGUUGAUUUUUUGGAGAAAAGAAUAAAAAAGUUAGAAACAGAACUUGAGGGUAAAGAUGAUGAAGCUAAAAAAAGUCUCCGUGCUAUGGAACAACAGUUUCAGAAAAUAAAGGUACAGUAUGAACAAAGACUUGUAGAGCUUGAGCAACUACUUGCCUAUAAAUUGAUGAGUGAAUCACCAAAACUGAACAGUGAUAAAGCCAGUUUUACAGAACUGGAACAGGAACUUCAAAAUCUAAAGGAGAUCCAUCAGAUCACUGUUAAAAACCUCCAGACAGAAAUUGAAAACCUUAAAAGUCAAAAUUCACAGUUAACGCUUGGAAGUAAAAAGGAUACUAAAGACUUGCAAUCAGCAGACUCUCAAGUGAAACAAGCUAACACAAAAGAGAGAUUGUUAAAACUAAAUCAAGAACUGGUCACCAAAAAUAGAGAAAUACAAAACCUUACAAAAACUGUAGAGAAACUUCAAAAAGAAAGGAUGAUGAUGUUGUCUGAUGAUAAUUUCAGAAAUAAAACUGAUAAUAAGGAAAACUCUACAGAGAUCUUGAAAAAGAAUACCUUAGCAAGAGAUACAAGGAAUUCCAGCAAGAGAGAACCGUUGCCAGGCAUUUUCAAUGACGAUAAAGAAUACCAGCCACAUACCUUUUCUGAUACUAAUAUCGCAGAAGUUCUGCAAGAAAAUAAACAGUUAAAAGAUGACCUGGAAAGAUUGUCUCUAGAAAUGAGCCAGCAGAGGGUAAAGUCUCAAGCAACACUGGCUUAUUCCGAAAAUAAUAUAAGAAGGAUGCAGGAAGACACAGCAGAAUACAUUGCAUCUCUGAAAGCUUCCCAUCAGAGGGAAAUAGAGAAGAUUCUUUGUCAGCAUGCAAUGGAGCAUUCUACUUCUAAAGUAGCUGAGCUACACAGCAGAAUUUCAACACAAGAGAUAUUAAUAAAACAUCUCCAAGAACAAAUCAGUGAGCAACAGAGACAUCAGGAAGCCCUUCUAGUUUCACAAAUGAGAGAGGAACUCCUACAAAAAGAGGUGGCAAAGCUGUUGGAAGAGUUGAGAGAGGCUAAGGAGAGCCAGAGUCCUGAAAUGAAACACUUCUUGUGCCUAGAAAAGAAAAUCAAGCAUAUAGAGACCAGACAUGCAGAAAGAGAACAAGAACUUCAGAAGGCAACACAACUAACACAACAUAUUACUGAUGCAAGGCAAACCCAUGAAGUUGAGAAGUGGCGAAGACUUGCACAGCGGAAGAAUCAAGAACUGGAGAAAUUUCGAGUGGAAUUGGAUUCAAUAUUAGAUGUUUUACGAGAACUGCAGAGACAAGGGGUUGUUAUUCCAGCGCCUAAUUCCAAUGGAUUCAGCAUGAUAGACAGCUGUUGGAAGACAUGAUUAGAUAUGAGUUGAUUAGAGAAGCAGAAUUUCAAUAUACAAAGUUAUGUAUAGAAAAUAUUAUUGAAAGUCUUUUAUAUAAUACUUGUAAAUUGAAUUACAUGCCAAUUUCAUCUGAAAUCUUGUUUGUCCAAAGUCAGACUGUAUGUCUUUUAUUUUGUUAGUAAUGAAGUUCUGCGCAAAAAUAUAUUUUAAACAUUAUGAGUAUUGAAGUUACUCCAACUCAAUUACCAUUGAAAAAUUCCAUUUUAUGCUUUUCAGACACUGUAGAACAUGCUUGAAUAUUUUUAACUUUUCUUUAUAGUUUUGUGUUGUAUUAGUUCCUUUAUGAAUGAUAUAAGUAAUAUGAUCUGUUUGGGUAAUAUUUUUAAUAUAUUGUGUUAUCAGUAUUUUUCAUUUUGUAGGGCAUGAAAUCCUCUUUCUACCAAUAUUUUGCUUCUCUCCCUCUAAUUCAUAAAACUUUCCUUCCCUUAUCUUAAAGAAAGAUCCCCUUCAAGUUUGUAAAUGCUUGAAGGGCUUGAGCAGAGCAGGUGUUCUCUGGUGAUGUUCAAAGCCAAACAAUUUUUUGUUUACUCUGUAGAUAUUCCCAACUCUGCUGGUAAGAAUGAUGGGAGAGCAGUCUAGCUGAACUGUUAUGGGAUGGAUACAAAAAAGUUUGUAAAAUACAGUGUGAGAGCAGUUAUCAGUACCCUUUUAAAUUAGAAGGAUGUAUUGAGUAUUUUCUUUUCUUUCAACUGGCAAUUCUAGGUCUGAUCAAGUAGUAGUAUCUCCAUAAAGUAUCCUGAUAGAAUGAAGAGGCCAAUCAAAUGUGAAGACUGUGUUGAAGCUCAGACUGCAGGGCUAUAUUUAUUGGUGGGCAAACUUAGAGUUAAAAUACUGGGCAAACUGAAGAAGGGGUGUGGAAAAAAAAAAAGAGGAUAGGCUUCAGGAGGGGCAAGGGAAAUUACUGUGCUUAAGCAGGAAUAAUCUACUGCACAGACUUGGAAUGUGGAUGUAACUUUCUGCUGAGGAAUUGAUUAGCAUCACAGCAGCUAAGCUGAAUGUUAGAGAUACCGUGUUUUCUCUCUCCCCUCCUAUAUUCUGUUGGUGCAUAUACACCUAAGUAUAGCCUGCAAAAUACUAAAUAGCCUGGGAAGAAUUGCUCAUGGAUCACUAAGGUGCAGCUCUGUGUGGUAAGCAUUUGUUUCCUUGUUUCAAAAGGAUAUGGACACACUGGGGCUGCCCGGCUGUAGUGACUAGACUGGGGAAGGAAGAUUAAAAGAUGGCUAUUAAUUAGUUUUCUUACAUGAAAAACCUGCUGCUAAGAGGACAGAAGGAGGACAAGUCAAAUUAUAGUAGGGAACAUUCAGUAUAGCUAUUUGGUGGCUGAAAGGACAGGUUUUCUAACAAACACUAAGCUCAAAUACUAGAUUGAAGUCUCGGCACUGCAUGGCCUUAAAAAUUACAGAAAAACAUAUAUUGAUGUUGUAGCACAAUCAACUAUACUUAUAUAAAGCAAAGAUAAAGCACAGAUGUACUCCUGAGGUCCUCUCUUCUUGCAAUUUUGUACAGUUUACGCUAUAUUUUAUAUCAUUUGUUGUACUUGAUGCUUAGAUUUAAGUCAAAAGUGAACUACAGUUCAGGUCUGUGUACAUGUAGCUAUAUGCCAUGCCUCUUCAAGGAACAGCAGUAAAAAUGCAUUUUAGCUUAUAUAUGUAUAAGCAUGUGACUGAGCAUGCAUGAAGGACAAAAUAUACCAAAUUAUACCAUAUAGGUACAGAGAGUAGCUAACUGCAAGGGUUUUUUUGUUUUGUUUUGUUUUGGUUUUUUUUGAGAGUAAAUGUACAAAUAUGAAUAGUGUAUAUAUAAAAUGAUGGUAAAUUUGGGAUUAAUAGAGUAAUCGUGGUUGCUUCAUAUUCAGGUAUUUUCAGUAUGCUUGAUGACUGUUCACAAAUAAUGAAGUAUUAGUCUAUAUUCAUAAAGCAUGUAAAUGCAAUUAUAUUUUGUAUAUGAAGUAUCAGCGAUUAGCAAGUAUGCUGUAUUUUCUUAAUGAACAAAGAUUUGGGACUGUUUUGCAAAUGAAAAGGUAAAAAUUGCAUGAUUUCAACUUAUUUAUUUCCUCUACAGUUUGCAGUAUAUGCAUCACUUUAUUUAAUAAAAGUGUGGAAAUAAAAGCUGUAUUUUUUUAAA